AUGCAUUUCAUAAUGGAGAAAAAGAAAAAGAAAAAAAGUCUUGAUUGUUCUUUGGGGCAGUUUGUGUGGGUUUUGAGAGAUUCUGAGUUUUUAAGCGACCUAUUAUUGGUGGGUUCUUGUUUUGAUUAUUCUUUGCAGAGUUCAGAAUUAAGAAUUCUAAAGAAGCACAAAUAUUCAGGUAACAAUCUGAUAAGAAAUAUGGCUGCAAAUGACCAUCAGAAAACCAAAGGAUCUGCUAAAGCAGAGGUGGGAGAGAUCGAUACCAGUGCCCCAUUUCAAUCUGUUAAAGACGCCGUCAGUUUAUUUGGCGAAGGUGCUUUUUCAGGAGAAAAACCUGCCAUUAAGAAGACAAAACCACAUUCUGCAGAAAGAGUGCUGGCAAAGGAGACUCAGCUUCACCUGGCCCAAAAAGAGUUGAAUAAGUUGAAGGAACAACUGAAAAAUGCUGAAACUACGAAAGCACAGGCCCUUGAAGAGCUUGAAAGAGCUAAAAGGACUGUUGAAGAUCUGACUCUGAAGCUGAAAACUCAUAAUGAAUCGAAGGAUAUAGCAGUUAGGGCAAUGGAAGCAGCUAAGCAUCAGGCAAAGCAAUUUGAAGAAACGAGAAAUAGCAAAUCUGAAGGAAAUGAUGAAUCUGCAAAGGUAGAACUGGAAACUGCUAGAGUUCAAUAUACAGAUGCAGUCGCUGAACUUGAUGCAGUAAAGCAAGAACUCAGGAAAAUCUGGGAGGAUUAUAAUGCAUCUGCGGAAGCUAAAAUUCUUGCCAUCGAGCAAGCAGCGGAAGCUGAGAAUUCUGCUAAAACGAACAUGGAAAGGCAUGGCGAGUUAACCAAAGAAAUUCUGACUUUACAGGAGUCGAUUCAGCAGGUGAAGCUUGCUAGUACACAAGCACGGGAAGAGGAAGCAAAGAUCUAUGCCGACAAGGAUGAGCUGAAGCAGUCAUAUAAAGUCAAACUUGAGGAGUUGGCUAAAGAAUUGCUUGCUUUGAAGAAGGGUCUUGAUCCCGAAGUUAACAAGAAUCUGAAGACUCAACUGGCGGAAACGACAUCAGAAAUUGAAGCUCUACAAAAAGAGAUGGGAAAAGCAAGGGCUUCAGAUCUUGAUUCUGUGAGGACCAUUACCUUGGAGUUGAAUGAUGCCAAGGAAUCUCUACAUAAAGUGGCAGAAGAUGAAAACUCUCUAAGAAGCCUAGUGGAGACCCUUAAGAUUGAACUGGAAAACAUGAAAAAAGAGCAUUUAGAAUUGAGGGAGAAAGAAUCCGGAACUGAAUCCACUGCAGGUAAUCUGCAUGUCAAGCUCCGGAAAGCGAAGUCUGAACUUGAAGCAGCCCUUGCAGAAGAAGCCAAAUUAAGUGGUGUUUCUGAUGAAAUGAUCUCUACCAUCUACCAGCUAUCAUUGGAGAGUGAAAAUGCUAGGCAUGAAGUUGAAGAGAUGAAGCGCAAUGCUGAAGAACUUAAGAAAGAAGCAGAAGCAGCCAAAAUUGAGCUAGAAGAAGCAGAAACUAAGCUAAAAGUUGCACUGAUUGAAGCCGAAGAAUUGAAGGCAGCGGAGGCUAGAGCCCUCAAUCAAAUCAGGUUGCUGUCUGAGAAAACUGAUGCUGCGCGUGCCGUGACUUCAGAGCCCAGUGCGCAGAUCACAAUAUCAAGAGUUGAAUUCGAGUCGUUAAGCCGAAAGGUUGAAGAAUCUCAGAAGUUAGAAGAACUCAAAGUUGCAGCUGCAAUAGCUCAGGUAGAAGCGGUGAGAGCAAGUGAAGAGGAGGCCCUCAAGAAACUUGAGGCUAGCAAGAAGGAGAUUGAGGACAUGAAAACUGCUACUCAGGAGGCUUUGAAGAAAGCAGAAAUGGCUGAGGCAGCCAAGAAGGCGGUGGAGGGAGAGCUCAGACGGUGGCAUGAACGAGAACAAAAGAAGGCAGUGGAAGCAGCAUCUCGGAUUCUUGCUGAAACAGAGAAGUCCUACGAAUCAUCUCCACAAAAUUACCAAAUCCAAAAGCAGAAGUCAGCAGAGAAAGUGAUGGAAACACGAAAAUUGGAAAAAGCAAAAACCUCUGUGACAAAGAAAGUACUUAUGCCUAAUCUUAGUGGAGUUUUUCAUAAGAAGAAAAACAAAAUUGAGGGUGGUACCCCUUCUUACUUGCCUGGUGAGAAGCCUGUGUGGUGA